CACUAGUUCUGAAAAGUGCCGCAGUGGUGCCGAGCGGGUGCAGCACCGGCAGCGCCGGUUCAGCAAGUGCAGCUGGAGCCGCACUAGCGCACGACUGCAAAACGAAGACGGAAGUGCAGGCCUAGCAGAGGCAUAGCUUUGUUUACGUGUUUUACGUGCACGUUGUGUAUCGCUGGCACCGCUUGCGACGUAAAAUGGCCCUCUUUGAAAUUGCCAUGGAGCUAUUGGACUCGGAAAGCGACGACGACUGCGACUACAGUGACAUCCACGUUGACUCCGACGACGAGUUCGACGAUGUGUGUGUUUCGGUAGCCUGUGCGUUGGUACGAAGAGAUGCAAAUCGUGUGCCGGGGUACGAGAACGUGAUAACCAGGUAUCAUGAGCAUGAGUUUAAAAGAUUGUUCAGGCUCUCUAGAGAAACAUUUGACUGGCUAAGUGGUCAAUUCAGAGCUUCGACCUUCUAUCCAAACGCGCUUCAAGGGCGUCAAAAAAUAUCCGCUGAAAAGACAUGCCUAAUUGCUCUUGUGUAUGUCGGCUCGCAAAUGUCGAUGUACGCCAUAGGAGACAAGUUUGACGUGGCAGAGUCGUCAGUGCAUGCAUGCGUGACGCGGUUCGUCCACUUUUUGCACUCACUUAGCGGUGAUGUUAUAUGCUGGCCCAGCAGUGCAGAAAUGAGUCGCAUCAAGGCAGGUUUCCUCGCCAAGAGUGGAGGCAAAGGCCCACGGAAUGCCAUCGGCUGCAUCGACGGUUCGCACAUCCAGAUCCUGACUCCAAGCGAAUCGACGCAGUCAUAUUUCAAUCGCAAGAAGUGGCCAUCUAUUAUUUUACAAGGGAUUUGCGAUGAUAGGAAUCGCUUUCUGAAUGUUUUCAUUGGGUUCCCUGGAUCUGUCCACGAUGCCCGCGUUUUGAAGGAGAGCCCAUUCUUCGCACGUGCGCCAUUGGAAUGUGGUGAAAACUACAUUCUGGGGGAUAGUGCGUAUCCUCUGAUGCCUUGGCUGAUGACUCCAUUCAGGGACAAUGAAGCCUCAUUUCCGUCUUGGAAAAAACACUUUAAUAAGCGACACAGCCAGCAGAGGGUGUCCAUCGAGAACACCUUCGGCAUGCUUAAACAGCGUUUCAGGAGGUUGUACCUUGUGGAUGCCAAAACUGUUGUGCAGUCCUGCUAUAUAGUCAUGGCAGCGUGUGUGCUCCACAACCUGUGCAACAGCGAGAGGGACUUCUUCCAGGAGCUGACAGCUUUACCACAAGAGGAAGAUGUGGGUAAUGACGACAGUGAAGGGGAUUUUGACUGCAGCCUGCCAGGCUACAGUCAGUCCCUGCGAGAGUUCAUUGCAAAGGAGCAGUGCUAGGAACAUGUCGCAUCUCUGUGAAUGCCAUGCCAAUGUGGAAAAGUGUUUUGUAAAAUGAUUUGUCUCAUAUAUGAGGAAUGUUUUCAUUUGAAAUAAAUUGAACAUGCAGUGGUA